UCCCUCCUCUAUCUCGGCUGUCCUGACAGAGCACAGAGCGAGGUGUGUUUCAUUUUUCUCUCAGAGCAGGAUGAGUGUUGUAAAACAGGUGCUGCUGCUGGUGCUGGCGGCGAUGGGCAUCAAUGCAGCGCCAGGUCCUGAAGACUGUGAUGGCCUGAAUGUGACGCUGCCAACAAACCAGCUGCACAAGAUUUAUGGGGACUGGGUUAUGGUCUGGUCCGUCUGUGACAAUCUGCAAUUCUCAGGCGCGCUAACGUACCUCGCCAGCUGUAAAAUUGAGCUCCGACUCCUCCCUGACAACAACACCGUCGCCUUGAAUCAGUGGACCAUGCUCCAAGAUAAGUCAUGUGCUCAGUACUUCUUCAACAUGUCAAGGGUUUCCGACUCCGAAGAUUUCACACUGAACAUCUCUGUGAGGACUGUGGAGGACAACGGAGACAUCAGUCACUACAACGACUAUGCCAAAGUGACUUUUCUUAAUACGUGCCCUGACUGUCUGAUGAUGGUCUACAGAGGAUACGUGGGACAGUUCCUGCUCAGCUACAGGAGGGAGGGGCAUCAUCAGGAUGUUGAGCAGCUGAAAGCGUCACACAGCGAUAAUAAGAAACUGGCCGAGUGUUUGAGAAUUCCUCACACCAACGCAUUCAGUUAUGACGGAGUGUCAGAUUUUUGUCCUAAGACGCAUCCUCCUCCAGCGGUGGAGUCUGUGCAGUCCUGAGUGAAAACCAGUGUUAAUUUCGAAAUAUGUAUGUGACGAAAAAUGUGCCAAUGUGCGUUUCUGUUGACGCAUAAAAACGAGAUGAAAAUGUCAUGCAAGAAAUAAAAAAUUA